GAUUGAAUGGCUAUUGUCAAUUGUUGGCCAUUUGCUUUGUUAUAAAGGCAGGCAGUCUCUUUCCCCUGCUCUUUCCCACCCGCCUCUCUCUCGCAACGAAGAUAGCUCACUCACUCUCCCCGUGUUUUUCGUGUGCGCCAGUGUGUGUGAGCGUGCGUCUGUGUGUGCGUGUCCCUGCACUGCUUUGCCGCCUUCUUUGUUCCCCUCAUGUGAAAAGCAGCAGCGAUUCCAGGGGUCAGCUUCGAAACCCAAAAAGUACACUCAGCCUGCGAACUUUCACGCUGUUUAACAUAGCUAACUAAUUUUUGUACUAGAGCAAGAAUAAGUAGUCGCAACCAAGUAUUCAUAUGUACAUUUAUACAAUCCUGUAUAUUGGAACGGACAACUAUUUAUAAUCACAACAACCACAUCCGGAUCAUCGUAGGAUCGAGCAAUUCUGAAAUACCAACUGGUGUACACCAAGAAACCCCAAAUCCAAAUCCCAGGCCCCCAAGAAAGGAAGUCAACCGAUUAUAGACAUAUAUAUAUAGGCGACUAAUCGUAUAUUCCAAAACACUCCAUUAGCGUUUAGUUAGGACAGAUAUAUUUAUACGUAUACAUAUAGAUGUUUAACGAAAUUUUCAAUUAGGCGCCAGAUUAGGAACGAAAUAAAGCAAUAAACGACGAACCUCAGCGUUAAGCAAAUAGAUCAACCUACCUAGAUUGAGAAUAUAUAGUUUAUAUAAUCCAAAAAAAUCAAGCCAAGCCGAGAGUAAGUCGAAAGUAGUAGAAAAUCAAAGUAUUCAAAUCUCUCUUGGAGUUUUCUGUUAGCAGCGAGCACCAUUUAGAUUGCCGCAAAUACACCUGUUUAAUUAGCAGACACUUAUUUAGAUUUUGUACGUAGCUAGGAACUUAAUCUGCAAAUUUUUUAUACAUCCCCUUCCGAUUAAUGCGGCCAGGUGCAGUAGUUGCAAUUCCGGUCCUAGUGUAGAGUCAGUAGAUUGUCGCUGUAGCCUAGUGUAUAACCCGAUCAAAAAAAAGCAACAGUCCCGUGACAUCCGACAGCCAUGGACGAGUCGCAGCCGAAGACCCUGUACGUGGGCAACCUGGACACCUCAGUGUCCGAGGACCUGCUAAUUGCCCUCUUCAGCACUAUGGGCCCCGUCAAAAGCUGCAAAAUCAUUCGGGAACCGGGCAACGAUCCAUAUGCCUUCAUCGAAUAUUCCAACUACCAGGCAGCCUCAACAGCCCUGACCGCCAUGAAUAAACGCCUAUUCCUCGAAAAGGAAAUCAAGGUCAACUGGGCCACCAGUCCCGGCAAUCAGCCGAAGACAGACAUCAGUUCGCACCACCACAUAUUCGUGGGCGACCUCAGUCCCGAGAUUGAGACAGAGACACUGCGCGAGGCUUUCGCCCCAUUCGGCGAGAUCUCCAACUGCCGCAUUGUGCGCGACCCUCACACCAUGAAGUCAAAGGGUUACGCCUUCGUGUCGUUUGUGAAAAAGGCGGAGGCAGAGAACGCCAUCCAGGCAAUGAACGGCCAGUGGAUUGGCUCGCGGUCGAUACGCACCAACUGGUCCACGCGCAAGCUGCCACCGCCUCGCGAGGCCUCCAAGGGCGGAGGCCAGGGAGGCGGAAUGGGUGGCGGACCGGGCAAUGGGUCCGGUGUAAAGGGAAGUCAACGACACACCUUCGAGGAAGUGUACAACCAGUCGAGCCCCACCAACACCACCGUAUACUGUGGCGGAUUCCCGCCGAACGUCAUCAGUGACGACCUGAUGCACAAGCACUUCGUCCAGUUUGGUCCCAUCCAGGACGUGCGGGUCUUCAAGGACAAGGGCUUCUCGUUCAUAAAAUUUGUUACCAAGGAGGCAGCAGCCCACGCCAUCGAGCACACGCACAACAGCGAGGUACAUGGAAACCUGGUCAAGUGCUUCUGGGGCAAAGAGAACGGAGGCGAUAACUCGGCCAAUAACCUCAAUGCCGCAGCUGCCGCGGCAGCAGCCUCAGCCAAUGUUGCCGCUGUUGCGGCAGCCAAUGCUGCGGUUGCCGCUGGAGCAGGUAUGCCCGGUCAGAUGAUGACGCAACAACAGAUCGCCGCCGCAACAGGAGCGGCGAUACCCGGCCAAAUGAUGACACCCCAGCAGAUUGCAGCGCAGUAUCCAUACGCGUACCAGCAGAUGGGCUACUGGUAUCCCCCUGCGGCUUAUCCCACAACCCAGAUGCAGACGCAAUACAUGCAGCAGGGCUACUAUCCCUACGCCUACCCUACCAGUGCUCAGCAAGCGGGAGGAGUCCCUUGCAUACAAUUUUCAGCGGCUGGAUACCGCAUGGUGCCGCCGAAUGUAGCAUGGGGCGUGCCUGGAACUGUGGUGCCCGGUGUGACGGCUGCCGCAGCAUCCGCGGCCGCUGCAGCGAACGGAUCACUUGCCCCCCAAAUGAUGUACAGUGCUGCGAUGCCACAAUACCAGACCCAAUGAGCUGAGAUGUGACGCCAGCUUCGACGCCGUUUGCAGCAUCCGGGAAGUCGACCCCAGCCGCAGCCACAACCACCUCUGCUGCAUCAGCUUCCGCACCUGCAGCAGUUGCAAGCGCAUUACGCACGUUUAGGUUACGUACAAUACCGAGUAGUAACAACGUCGGAGCCGCUCCUGGCCAUGCCGUUGACCAGCGGCAGCAGCCACAUUGACGGUGGCAAUGUAUCUGGAGAUUAUUAAGGAUGCGCGAGUGUCCAGUUUGAAGUUGUGGCUACGGUUGCGGCUGACUGCGGUGGAAGGAAGCGGAAUCGGGGGUGGUAUAGACCCCCAAAGUCGAAGGUUAAGGCGGUGCGUGGAGCUCAACUUCAAGUGAUCCACGCCGGCGACAACUGAAAGAACAUCAAUUGAAAAGCUCCGGGCGAUGGGCGGGUAGCUGUAACAAUCUAAUCCAAUCUAAGUACGUGUUAAAAUAAUUUAAUGAUUUCUAAUUUAAGCAGAUAUAGGCGUAUAAACGAAACGGAAAUAAAAUAAACCGAAUGAGAAAUUCAACAAAAACAAACAAACAAAAACUGAACAGAGGAAAUGCUAAUUACGCGCGACAGAGUUAAAACAAAAAGAAAACAAUCGAAACAAAAACGUGACAAAGCAAAUUGUAAUUGUAACUAUGUGGAUCAUGUGUCAACGAAAACUGAAGACGGAAAGAGGGUAGUGUCGGUGGGAUGAAAGGAUAGCCACAAGCAAGCAAGCCGAAUGCAAAACAAGAGGAAAAACAAAUUUAGUCACUAAGAGAAUGUAAAUUCGAGCAUACAUAUUGUAUAUUUCCAAUGUGGAAAACGAAAUGCGAUAUAAAUAUGUAAAAUGUAAAAUAAAGAAGCAAAAAAAUAUAUAAAACAAGUGAGAAAACGAA